AUGUCCACGGACGUCGCAGUCGUCAAGAAGGUGACAGAGGAGGAGUACAUCAUCAAGCCCCAGGCUCACACUCCCACCCUCGACACCAGCCAGUGGCCUCUUCUCCUCAAGAACUACGAGAAGCUUCUCACUCGCACUGGUCACUUCACUCCCAUCCCCAAUGGCUGCUCUCCUCUGAAGCGCGACCUCAAGCAGUACAUCAGCUCUGGUGUCAUUAACCUCGACAAGCCCUCCAACCCUUCCUCUCACGAGGUUGUCGCUUGGGUCAAGCGCAUUCUUCGAUGUGAGAAGACUGGUCACUCUGGUACUCUCGAUCCCAAGGUUACCGGUUGCUUGAUCGUCUGCAUUGACCGCGCUACUCGUCUUGUCAAGUCUCAGCAGGGUGCCGGAAAGGAGUAUGUGGCUGUCAUCCGCCUUCACGACAAGCUGCCCGGUGGCCAGGCUCAGUUCGCUCGCGCUCUCGAGACCCUCACCGGUGCUCUGUUCCAGCGUCCUCCUCUGAUCUCUGCCGUCAAGCGUCAGCUCCGUAUCCGAACCAUCCACGAGAGCAAGCUCAUCGAGUUCGACAACGACCGACACCUCGGUGUCUUCUGGGUCAGCUGUGAGGCUGGUACCUAUAUCCGAACACUCUGUGUUCACUUGGGUCUCCUUCUCGGUGUCGGUGGCCACAUGCAGGAGCUCCGACGUGUUCGCAGUGGUGCCAUGGAUGAGUCCAAGGGUCUCGUCACUCUCCACGACGUUCUCGACGCUCAGUGGCAGAUGGACAACACUCGCGACGAGUCUUACCUCCGCAAGGUCAUCUCUCCUCUCGAGACUCUCCUGACCUCUUACAAGCGUCUGGUCGUCAAGGACAGCGCUGUCAACGCUGUCUGCUACGGUGCCAAGCUCAUGCUCCCCGGUCUUCUGCGAUACGAGGCUGCCAUUGAGCACCAUGAGGAGGUUGUCCUCAUGACCACCAAGGGUGAGGCCAUCGCUCUGGGUAUUGCCCAGAUGUCCACCGUUGAGAUGUCCACCUGUGACCACGGUGUUGUUGCCAAGGUCAAGCGCUGCAUCAUGGAGCGCGACCUCUACCCCCGCCGAUGGGGUCUCGGCCCUGUUGCCCUUGAGAAGAAGAAGCUCAAGGCUGACGGCAAGCUCGACAAGUACGGUCGCCCCAAUGAUGCUACCCCCGCCAAGUGGAGCUCCGAGUACAAGGACUUCAGCGCCGAUGCCUCUGCUGCUGCUGCCGCCGCCGCCGCCCCUGCCACUCCUGCCAAGGCAUCUGAGGCUGAGGACACUCCCAUGGACGAGGCUGCCUCCCCCGCUGCCGAUGACAGCAAGGACAAGAAGCGCAAGAAGCACGAUGGUGAGACUGCCGAGGAGAAGGCUGAGAGGAAACGACGCAAGGCCGAGAAGAAGGCCGCCAAGGCUGCUAAGAAGGCUGCCAAGGGUGAGGCCAUGGAUAGCGACAGCGAUUAA